AUUAAAAACCACAAAUCGGUUAUCAAUACAAACGUGAAUUCUGUCGUAUAUUUGACAUACAUUUCUGUCCCAUAUUUGGAGAAAUCAAAGGGAAAUAUAAUCAACAUCUCGAGUAUUGCGAGUUUAGUAACUGGAAAACUGUUCACGUCAUACUGUAUGUCAAAGGCGGCGCUCGAUAUGUUCACCAAAUGUAUGGCCGCAGAGUUGGGGGUCAAAGGGAUUAGAGUUAAUUCAGUCAAUCCGGGUGGAGUUCGUACCAAUUAUGGUCAGGCUAACUUUGGUUUGACUAAAGACCAGGAGAAUGCUAUGUGGGAUAAAUUUUGUGCUACAUAUCCGGUGGGACGAGCCGGUGAGGGUUUGGAUAUUGCCAAUGCCAUUGCAUACCUGGUCAGUGAUCAAGCUGAGUUUGUUACGGGUACUAUACUCGUGGUCGAUGGCGGACACAUUGCAGCUAAUGUUAAUAUUGAACUAUAA